AUGCUGCUGGCUGUGGUCCUCGCUUCCACCCUCCUGCUCUGCUCUGUGGCCAGCCAGGGGUGUCCAGGGCGGAUGGUGCUCAGUGACGUGGACUUCCUCGUCCGCAACCUGCAGGAUCAUCUGCCUUCGAGCUGCAACUGCAGCACCAACGUGACCAGUUGUUUGUGUCUGCCCAUCCCAUCUGAGAACUGCUCCACACCAUGCUUCCAGGAAGGACUGUCCCAGGUGGCCAACUCCACGGCACACACGGGCUUCUCGCUGAUUUUCAGACGGGUGAACAAAACGGUUGCGAACCUGAAGACCAAGUGUCCGCUUCUCUCCUGUGAGCAGCCCUGCAAGCCAGCCAAGGAGGACAACACGUUGGCCUUCCUGAGGACCCUGCUGGGCGUUCUGCAACAAGCAGCGAGGCGACGGCUACAAAUCAGCCCAUGAAGGACAACGCAGCUCUAUUUAUUCUAUUUAUUCCCGUGGAGCUGCCUGCUCCCUAGGGUGUAGCCAUUCCUAAAGGCCAAGCAAGCUGUUCCAAAUCAAAGUCAGCUGUGAUCAUUUGUUUAAGAUGUUUUCCCCCUU